ACUAAUAUGAUCAUAUAUGUGCUGUUGUUUUUUUUCCUUUUUUUUAGCAAUAUGCUGCUAGUAUUUAUUCUGGGAAAAAUGGUUAUUUUAGGUGAUGCAGAGGGGAGAAUCCAACAGGUUGAGCAACAUGAGGAAGCUGCCACUGGGCCAGACAUGAAGGUUUAUCAUGGAAAGGGAAAGGUUGAUGAUGUCUUGUUUGAAGGAUCUGGUGACGGUGAGGAGAAACAUCAGAGAAGGGGGUUGAACAGGAACACACAGAACCAGAAUCUUGUUCAUAAUUCAGAGGAAGAAAAUGAAAUUCCCAUCAUUCAUUGGUGCAAGAAAUUGAAAAGUAGGCAAAUAGUAGAAAUUUGCAAGUUUGAUGUUGCAAAUUCUGAAGAGGUUGAUAUGCCAUGAAAUGAAAGGUUUAGGUUUUAUGCAUCUGAUGCUAGAUCAUGAUAAUGAAAUAAAUAGUUAAGAAAAAAUAAGUUGAGUAGACUUCAUUAAACUCGAAAACAAUGUUUCAUUGGAUUUGGGUUUUCUUAUCAUGUUAAAUGCAUUUGAUUUGGUGAAGGUGAAUUUGUUAUAAAUUUGGUAUUGUUUUAUGCCAUGUCCAUGGCAUCGUAUGCCAACAUCAACCAUUACUUUGUGAAACUAUAUAAUCGUUUGCAUAAUGUUAAUUGAAA